CAUAUUCAUCUAAGAUAUUCAUAAUCGUGCUCUAACCUUAUUUUUCUUCAUUAGUUUUUUAAAACAAAAAUAAGAACAUCUUUAGUUUAGCAUGUUAAGUUUUAGUAAAAACCUGUUUAGAAAACACAGAAAUUUUGCCUCUCUUGUUAAACACAUUAGUACAAAUGAAUCUUCAACACCAUAUUAUUUCGAUAGUAAAUUUACCCCCGAAGACGACAACAGAAUUCUAAACGCUUUAAAUAAAUCGGAUCCUGACGAAUUGAAACAAUUCAAAUUACCUAUCAAUCGAAUAAAGAAAAUAAUUGACUGGAGAGAAUCAAACGGUCCAUUUAAAACACUUGGAGAUGUAUUGAGAAUAGAUGGAAUUGAGGAAACUAUAUUAGAGCAGGUUUGCGUAAAGAUUGCCCAGGCUAAUGGAUCAAGUGAAAAAUUAAAAAGAAGUAAACCACAAAAUAGAUCAUAUCUUACCCCUGACCUCCCACCACAUAUAUUAAAUAGUUUCAAAUCAGCUGUAGCCAUACAUCUAGAUCCUGUAGGAUUAAGUGUGGUUCGCCUAGAAAGGAAUGAAAACACUUUAACAAAUUGGUUUUCUGAAAGUUUUAGUCAGCUUCCAGUUAAAAUGUUCCAUACCGAUACAUUUUAUUUGGCAAUAAAUAUUAUAAGGAAAAUACCUCAAGCUGAUCUUUACGUGUUUGAAUCAGCACAAAGUUUAAACCUUCAAAACCAGUCUAAACCAUCUAUGGUCUCUACAUAUAAUCAGCAAAUGGAAUUGCUUGCGAUGUUACUAGCAUUGCUUAAUACUAGUAUGGUGCAUAAUCCUCUUGGUAUAAAAGAGGGAUCAACUAAUGUAGAAAAUAGAGUAUUCUACUUGAAAUCAAGGGUUGCUGCUAGGUUAUUUAAAACACUCAUAGGUUCUGAAAAAGUCUCUCCUGUUGUAAAAAUUGGAGAGUUUAUUAGAAUGAAAAAUAAAUCAGAGAUAUUUUGUUGUACCCCAAUGAAUAUAGAUGACAGUUAUGUACUAAAGUUUGAUAAAGAAGUUUCAAAAAGCAAAGAGUUACUCUCUCAAGCACUAAUGUUGGGUUGUGCCUUUAUGGAUCUUUGUGUGUACAAAAAUCCAGAUAGUAUUGAGACCCUCAAUUCUUUUAGAAGAAAUAAUAAAUAAGAAUUUUAUUUAAAGCUGUGAUAUUUCUACAGAAAUUUAGUGAUGGAAUUAAUUAUUAUCAAAAUUCAUCAUAGUAUGAAAUUGAAAAUAUUCCUUUAAAAAUUGUAAAUUUUGUUUGUACAUAUUAUUUAAUUAUAUUGUUUAAAUUAUAUGAACUAGUUAUACCUCAAAAACAUACCAAAAUAAAAUAUAUAUUUAAAUGGUUCAUCCUA